AUUGCAAAUUUAGGUUUUUGUCCUAUUUUGCUUCAAACCGCAUGGUUUUAUUGUUUAUACCGCCACACUGAGACAUAUGUUGACCUUUCUUCCAUGAAGACCCUUGUAUAAAAAUGUAGCAAUCAAUUAAAUCCCAAUAUAUUACGUUUACUAUAGUUUCAAUUUUAAAUACAGAACACAAACGAAAGAUUUAGCCAACGUAGAUAUCAAAAUUUAGUUUUUAGUUUUGACCUUUAUACAUAUUAAAUUUUACCAUUUUUUAAGCUAAAUCUGAUCAAGUUAAGUUAAUAAUUUCCCAAAUAUUUACAUUCAGCGCUCUAUAGACAAGGCAGCUCAUUCAGACUUUUGCAUGAAAAUUUGUGAAUUGUUAUCGAACCAUUCCUCAGAUAUGCAUCAUAUUACCACCAGCAUGGAAAUUAUCAGGUUUUACUGUCACUAGUGUGUCAUUACUCACCAAAAGUUGAGUCAAAUCUCUGUAGAGUUCACAUCAGACUGGUUUAUAUUAAAUAGAGGAAUGAAACAUUUUCUUGCUGCUAUCUGUGUCGUGGGAUUUUUCCUACAUCCCAUUAAUAAAUGCACCGUUUCAACCUCAGAGUUUCAUCUAGAGGGAGAUUAUGUACUAGGUGGACUUUUUGAUGUUCAUUCUGUAAAUGUACCUUCUCAUCAGAACCGACCAGAGGCCAUCCAGUGCUCCAGCAAAACGUUUCUUCUUCCCAAUUACCGUAGGUUCCAGUUGAUGAGAUUCGCUGUAGAGGAAAUUAAUAACUCCACCAUCCUGCUGCCAAAUGUGACUCUUGGCUAUGAGGUGUUUGAUCACUGCUCAGACUCGUUGAGUUUUCCGGGAGUAUUUAAACUCAUCUCAGUCAACGGCCUGAUCCAUCCUUUGUCCAAACCAGACAAGAAUGUCUCCAGAGUCAUCGCAGUGGUCGGUCCCUUCACGAGCACCCAGACCUUGACCAUAGCUCCACUUUUUAUGAUGGAUCUCAUUCCUUUAGUCAGUUAUGGAAGUUCUGGCUCAAUCUUUUCUAAAAAAUCUGAAUACCCGUCUUUCCUAAGAACAGUCAACCCCAAUAACGACACUUUAGAUGCGAUCGUCAACAUCCUUCAACACUUCCGAUGGCGUUGGGUUGCUUUCCUCAACAGCGAUAAUGACUUUGGUGUUGACGGGCUGCAGCUUUUCCAGAAGAGGAUUCAACACACAGAAAUCUGUCUGGCAUACAGCGAGGGCCUCAAUGAAAACACUGAUUAUUCACAAAUGUUUAAGCAGAUCGAGGAACAGAACAUCAACAUCAUUGUUAUUUUCGCUCCGAAGUUGUACGCAGAAGCUGCCAUCAAGGCAGCGAUUCAGCUGAACGUCACCAACAAAGUGUGGAUAGCAGACGAUGGCUGGUCUUUGAACAAACGCCUCCCAAAGAUGAAAGGAAUCCAGAACAUUGGGACUGUGGUUGGUGUAACUCAGCCAGCGAUAAGGAUCCCUGGCUUUAAUGAGUUCCUCCACGCCAGUAAAAACCAUGCAGCAUUCACCAAAGUUGCACAGCAAGUGUUUUGUAACCAGGAUUGCAACUGCAGUGAUUUGCUCGUUGAGGAUAUUAUUGCUGCAGAUCCCUCGUUCUCCUUCCCCGUUCAUUCUGCCGUGUACGCCAUCGCUCACGCCUUACACAACACCUUACAGUGUGGAGCUGGUUCGUGUAACAACAGCAUCACAGUGCACCCAUACAUGGUUCUAGAAGAGCUGAAGAAGUCCAAUUUUACCCUGUUAAACCAGAGGGUGCAGUUUGAUGAGCACGGCGACCCUAAAUUCAGAUCCUUUUCUAUUGUUUUUUGGAACAGAAGCAAUGAUGCAGAGGAAGUCGGCUUCCAUCAGUUUGAACCAACUGCUCAUUUUUACAUCAACGAUUCCAAAAUUCAGUGGUUCACAAAUGGAGAAGCUCCGACUGCAUUCUGUUCCCUCGAAUGUUCAGCAGGAUAUGCAAAAAAACAAAGUGGAAUCCACAAAUGUUGCUUCAGCUGUGAAAUCUGUCCAGCUGAAACUUACAUCAACACCACAGAAGAUCCCUUUAAGUGCCUCAGCUGCAAGGAGACAGAGUGGUCUGGAGAAGGAAGCACAUCCUGUAAUCUACGACAGGUGGAGUUCGUACCAUUCUUCGACAGUGGCGCCAUUGUGAUCAUGUUCUUUACCUGGGUCUUAAUGGGUCUAACCCUAAGUAUCUCUGUUCUAUUUGCCAUCAACUAUGACACGCCCAUUGUCAGAUCUGCUGGAGGACCAAUGUGCUUCCUGAUUUUAGCUUGUCUUGGACUGUGUAGCGUCAGUGUAUUCUUUUACUUUGGUAAACCCACAUCGGCUUCCUGUAUUGUAAGACACUUCCCAUUCAUUUUGUUCUACACUGUUUGUCUAGCAUGUUUCGUCGUACGCUCGUUUCAGAUUGUUUGCAUUUUCAAAAUAGCUGCCAAGUACCCAAAACUCCAAAAUUGGUGGUCUAAAUACCAUGGACAGUGGCUUCUCAUCGCUAUAGCGUUUGUGACUCAGGCCCUGCUACUCAUUAUUAGCUUGUCUCUGGAUCUUCCAAGACCCUACAAUGAAACAUCUUGGCAACAAGAACAAAUUGUCCUCGGCUGUUACUUGAAUCUUCAGGCAACAUCGUGUUCUCUCAUUUUACUUUUAUUAUUGUGCUGCCUUUGCUUUGUUUUCUCCUACAUGGGGAAAGACCUUCCUAAAAAUUACAACGAGGCCAAAGUGAUAACAUUCUGCCUCCUGCUGCUGAUCCUCACCUGGAUUUUGUUUUCUACUGUGUACUUGCUCUACUUUGGAAAGUACAUCCAAACCAUUAAUGCUCUGGCAGUGCUAUUAAGUCUUUACACUUUCCUUUUGUGGUAUUUUCUCCCAAAAUGUUAUAUCAUUGUUUUUGAACCCCACAAAAACACACAGCAGUAUUUUCAAGGUCUGAUUCAGAAUUAUACCAAAACAAUAAGCCAGUAGCAGUAGUAAAAGUAAU